UUUCUCUACAAGAAUUUUCCGCAUUCUCAUUUUUUUCACCGCCGCUGUUAGACACAGAUUGAGUGUUUUUAAAAGACGUAAAUAUAUAGCUCAUUGUAAAAAAAAAAAGUAAAAUUAAUAAGUAAAAUGGGCGUGCAAGUAGUACCUAUUUCUCCCGGUGAUGGUAGUACAUUCCCUAAAACUGGACAGGUGGUGUCUGUGCAUUACACUGGAACAUUAGACAAUGGCACUAAGUUCGAUUCUUCUCGUGACCGCAAUAAGCCUUUCAAAUUUACACUUGGCAGAGGUGAAGUAAUUCGUGGUUGGGAUGAAGGUGUUGCCCAGCUUUCUGUCGGUCAGCGCGCUAAACUCAUCUGCUCGCCGGAUUAUGCCUACGGUAGUCGGGGACACCCAGGAGUUAUUCCACCAAAUGCUACUUUAACUUUUGAUGUUGAAUUAUUAAAAGUCGAGUAAACAGGUCCACUAACUAAAUACGCUAUGAUUAUUAAUUACAAGUAAGAACAAAGUAAAGAAUGUUUAUAACCAUCUUAAGAAAUGCUAGCUAGAAAUAGUAAAACAACACUUUUAACUCAAACCAAUUAGAAACCACAUAGAGACUUAAUAUCAAAAAUCAGAAUUUU